UACUCCGCCGUCGACACAGUCCGGCACACGACGGGGAGACAGGCAGCCGCGCGCGCGUCCUCGCGUCCUCACGCGUCCCCCGCCAUGAAGGUCCUCGCCGCCCUGCUCGGCGGGCGCGUGCUGCUCGUCGACCUGCUCGCCGGGCUGUUCGGCAUGGGCGCCUGGCUCAGCGUCAACGCCAUGUACACCCAGCUGCCCAUCCUCAUCGCGUCCGCCCCCGAGUCCUGGAACCUGGCUUCCUACAUCGUCGUCCUCAUCCAGGCGGCCAACAUCGGUGGCAUCCUGUACGCCCUCCUCGGCCGCCGCUACCCCGGAGAAGCCCUGGAGCGCGGCGCCAUCUACUUCCUGGAGGCCGUGGGCAUCGCUGCGCUUGCGCUCAUGGCCUUCUUCUACCAGGAAGUGACGGUGGUGGGCGGCCAACCCCACAGCGUGGCGCUGCUCGCGCUCGUGUUCCUGUCGGCCCUGCUGGCCUGCACCAGCUCGGUGCUCUUCGUGCCCUACAUGAACCGCUUCGCGCCCACCUACCUCGUCUCGUACAUGAUCGGCGAGGGCCUGAGCUCACUGCUGCCGAGCGUCGUGUCGCUGGUGCAGGGCGUGUCCGGGGACCCGGUCUGCGUGGUGGGGGACGACGGGACGCGGCAGAGCUACACGCCGCCGCCCGUGUUCUCGACGCGCACCUACCUGGUGGCCACCGCCCUGGUGCAGGCCGUCAGCCUGGCGGCCUUCGCGCUGCUCGACCGGCUGCCCGCGUGCCGGGAGGCGCGCGUCGUCGUCGCCCCAAAGCAGGCGGAACAGACGAAGGACGGGGAGGCCCGGCAGCAGCAGGACGCGGCGGCCCCCGAGGACGCCGCCGUCAAGCCGGCGGCGAGCCUGUCGAGCGGCGUGUUCGUCGGCCUGCUGGCCACCGAGGCCGUCCUCAUGGCCUUCUCCAACGGGCUCUUCCCCAGCAUCCAGUCGUACUCGUGCCAGCCGUACGGCACCGACGCCUACCACCUGGCCAUCAACCUGGGCGCCAUGGCCAACCCCCUGGCCUGCUACCUGCUCUUCUUCGUGGUCCCGACGGCGAUGCGCACGUUCGGCGCGCUGACCAGCGCCACCCUGGCCGUGGCCGUCUACAUCCUGGUCGGGUCACUGAUGAGCCCCACGCCACCGCUGGUGGGCUCCACGGGCGGCCAGGUGCUCGUGGUGGUGGUCUGGGUGGUGUUCACCGCGCUCGUCUCGUACACCAAGCUGGGCAUCGCCUCGGUGCUCCGCGAGCGUCACCCGCGCGGGCUGUUCUGGUGGGGGGCCGUGACCCAGGUCGGCUCGCUCACCGGCGCCGUCCUCGCCUUCGUCCUGCUCAAUUACACGACCGUCUUCCAGUCGUACUUCCCGCCGUCACCCUGCGACGCGUAGCGCGCGCCACCGUGUACCAUAACAACAAAUAUGUAUAUAAUGUAAAUAAAUUGACCCAUCGAUCUGUAAACAGUCUCAGCCGCUCGCAGGGAGGGACUAUCGCCUCCCUCCAGCUCGAUAUUAUGCACUUAGACAGGAAAAGUUUUCCAUAGACAAGAAAAUGAUUCUUAUAAAACGGACUAGAUAUUUUUAUACAGUCCUAAGACUGUCUCUACCAGAUGGAGAAAGCGUUCC